AUGGCAGAAGCGAGCCGCUACGGGGCUCUCUGCAGGGCGGGGUUGAGAGUGGAGUACCUGCAUGCAAACGCGAUAACGCACAAUUUUCUUUUUGGAGCAGUGGCAGAACUGGUUGACAAUUCCCGGGAUGCUGGUGCAACCAGACUUGACAUAUUUAUUGUAAUUAAUGAGAACCUUCAAGGAGGAUUUUCACUGUGCUUUAUGGAUGAUGGAUGUGGCAUGAAUCCUAAGGAAGCUACAGAUCUUGUGUAUUUUAGGAGAUCUUCUAAGCAGACAAACCCUAAGAUGAUUGGAUGCUAUGGCAAUGGCCUGAAAUCAUAAAAAGGAUCCAUGCGCAUAGGAAGGGACUUCAUAUUGUUCACCAAGAAGGAAAACACAAUGACAUGUCUUCUGUUCUCUCAGACUUUUUGUGAAACAGAAGGUCUUGACGAGGUCAUAGUUCCAAUACCUUCAUGGACAAGCAGCACAAGAAAUCCAAUAAUAGAUGAUCCCGAGAAAUCCGCCACAUAGUUGUCUAUAAUUUGCAAGUAUUCUCCUUUUAAGAAUGAAGCUGAACUGAUGAAGCAGUUUGAUGUCAUUUAUGGAGAAACGGGAACAUUGCUGGUGAUAUAUAAUGUGAAACUCAUGCUCAAUGGUGAACCAGAACUUGACAUUAUAACUGAUACAGUGGAUAUUCUGGAUGCUGGAACUUCUGAGAAUCUUCCAGAAGAACGAUCACUAAGAGCCUAUACAGCUCUAUUGUAUUUUGACCCACGAAUGAGAAUAUUCAUUCAAGCCAAGAAGGUAGAAACCAAGUGUUUGCCAUACAGCUUUUACGGACCCAGGAUGUAUCCAUACAUAUCAUCUUCAUUCAAACAAGAAGCUAAAAAUGAAUUGCAAAAGGCAGAAAUGGAAGUGAAGACGGCUGAAGACACUGUGAAAGAAGCAAAGUAUGCACUAAAACAGUCCAUGGACUCUCUUUUGCAUGAAUAUAGUGAGCUUGCAUUACAGGAUGCUUUGGAGAAUGAAAAAAGAAUGAGGGAAAAUCUGGAAGACAAAAAAAGAAAUCUAAGGAGACCUAAAAAGCUCUUCCUAAUAUUUGGAAUUAACAUUCAGAACAGAAGUCAAGAUGGCAUACUUAUCUAUAACAAUAAUCAUUUGAUCGGGAUGUUUGAAAAAGUGGGACCACAGAGGAAUAUGGACUCUUAUUUUGGUGGUGGAGCUGUGGGCAUUGUAGAUGUCCCCUUAGAAAUCAUGGAGCCAGCACACAACAAGCAAGCCUUUGCAAAUGUCUCAGAAUAUCACCACUUGUUGAAAGCAAUGGGCAGCUACAUCCUUCAGUAUUGGAAAGACAUAGGCAUCAGUCAAAAAGGAGGAACCUUGUUUUGGAACCACUUUGGAUACCUGAGUGAUAAGUGGUACGAAAGACCCUCUGAAAUGAUUCAGUACAAGAGAAGACGAGCAAUAGAAAUUCCUGACAUUGUUCAGUGUGAUAUUUGCCUCAAGUGGAGACUUUUGCCACUUGCCACUGAUAUAAAUCAUGGAGGACAUCAUGAUAUCUGCGAUUGUUCGAAGAGCCCUAACCAUAAAGAAAACAAGUGUAGUGUACCAGAGCAUUUGCCCUCCAUUCCUCUGGGCACCUUCAACCCACCUCAAUCACUGAGAAGCAAACAAAGCCCACUCAUAGAGGCCAUUCAGGAGCGUAAAAGGAAGCUGGAAAACCUACAGUCUCAGGUGAGCUCUUUGCCAGUAUUAAAGCUAAUAUCCAAGGCACUGUAUAUGUUCUCACAUAGAAUUUAUUUAAAACUUUCCUUGAUACAGCCACAUAUAAUGAUGCCACAUAAAGUUGACAGAAGAACAUCUGCUAAACCUGUAAAACUUCAGACUGAUCUGACAGAAAUUGCCACAGCAUUGGAAAGAGCAUUAGAAAGUGUUGAAGAUCAACAUAUUAUAAUAUCUGACAGUGAAGAUGAAGAUUUGCCAAAGUAUGAAGAAUGCAACUUUCUUUCUUUCAAGAACAAAGAAAAACAGGAACAGUGUGAUAAAACUAGCAACAGUCUUCUCGGCCAAACAAAUUGUGCAAAUUUAGCGAAAAAGGAUUUGCCACCAACAGGCUCAGGAGGUGACUCCACCAUGACUUCAAAAGAAGAAACUAAAGCACAAGUCCCUGUUGUCGUGCAGUACUCAGAUGCUGCUGUUUCACAGAAGCAAGAGAUUUCCCAGAGCAUUCCUGAAACCAAAAUGAUAGAAACAUUAACAUCUCACAUCAAAGAGAUGCUGGUGCAUUUUUUACCUGAAUGUAAACUUUCCAGAGAACACCUUAUAGCCAUGGGCCCUGAAAAUAUUUUAACUAUGUUCAAACUCAAAGGGAAUUCUGAGCAGAAGGAGACUGACACUCUGUACAUCGAUCAGUAUAUUUCACAAUAUGAAGGACAACUUUCAAAACAACUCCAGUCUAAACAUCAUAGCCUUCAAACUGUGCAUGCCAUUGAAACAGAGAUUACUGUGUGUGAAAUACAAAUAAAAGCCACACAGGAAAGACCUGCGCAUCUUCGAGGAAAAAUAGCACAACUGCUGUUGAAAAUUCAUCCACAUCUUCUUAUAAAUAACCUGGAAGACAUUGAUAGUUUCCUAGAAGAGAGCCUGAAAUGCAAAAAUCAAAUUAUAUUUGGGCCUGCAAAUUCCAGCACCUCAGAAAUAGGAGAAUCAACCUUUCUGGAUUAA